GACAAUUGUCAGCGAAUAAGGUGUAAAAGCAAAAGCGAAACGUAAACAAUUACCCAAAAAGGCGGCUGAUUGCUCAGCGAUUUUACAAAAGACGAAUUGAACGUAAAUAUUUCAUAAAAAUGGCAAAAUCAAAUAAAAUGUUUGCCGAUAAAGCCUUUGAGCUAAUUAAGGAGUUGGAACGUUCGUCACAGACCAUCCCACCUUUCGACGACGACGGUGUUCGGCAAGUCUUAGAAGAAAUCAAAGCAAUUUUCGAGGAAAACUGUGCACAAGCCGCCAACUACUCAACCUCCGGCGAUCGCACGCUGUGGCCACUGCUCAACUUUCGACAUGCUGCACUACAAAGAAACAAGCGUUGCCUACUAACAUAUUUGUACCAACGUUUGCUCCGUAUAAAAGCCCUUCGUUGGGAAUUUGGUCCAAUUAUCCCAGCAGACAUUAAAGCUUCGCUAUGCGAACCGGAAGUUAACUUCUUUAACACAUACUCAAAGUCGCUGGCUUCCUACAUGCGGUCCAUUGGGGAUGGACAGGGCAUAGAUUUGACAGGUGACCUGCGGCCACCUAAAUCACUCUAUAUAGAAGUGCGCUGUGUUGAAGAUUACGGUAAGUUUGAGUUGGAAGAUGGCGAAGUGAUUUAUUUGAAGAAGAAUAGUCAGCACUAUUUGCCGCGAGCCCAAGUGGAAACAUUAGUGCGUCAAGGAAUCUUACAACAUAUUGCAUGAAAUAUAUUAAAA